AUGGCAGCACGGAGAGCCGACUGCGCGAAUGCCACUGGGUCGUUUCGUGGGUGCUGUGAACGGCAUCCGCCAAAGCAAAGAGACAGAACGCGAUGGAAUGAGAAGACGCUUGCGGAGCAGGCACGCCUACACCCCUACGGACUACAUUUCCCAGCAUUCCUCGCCAUGGAGGGGCGGGGCCAGACUGGGGGCGGGCGGAAGCGGCGAAGGCGGAAGCAACAGAGCCAGCACGACCCUGCCGUGCGCCCGGUAACUUGUCUCUUCCCCACCCCCCAAACUUUCCUAUAUCGGGUCCUAAAAGCAGCUUAUUUGCCUUCCUCCUCCUGCCCUUUUCCCACUUUAGCACUGGACUCCCAUAAUAUCGACACCUUUUGCUGUUGGUCCUCCCCCCCACCCCGCGGUGUUCCUCCAUCCCAUAAUGUGACGGGGGCUAUUGCUGCGUCCUCCCCGCAGAAGCUUAUUGCACUCGAGCAACAGGCGGGGAGCAGUUUAUUUCCACGAAGGAAGCGGCUGGGGCUUAAACUUUAGAUAGUUGAUUCGUCUCUGCAUGUGAUAUCCAAGAUCACUUUUAUCCAUAUAAAGCAAUAGGACAGGCGGGUUGUAUUUUUACCUGGAAGCCCCACGCUGACUGGAAAACCUUGCCCCGUGGUUCAGGUGGGGGCCGGGUGGUUGCUGUCCAGGGAGAUUCAGCCUUGUGUUAGAAUUUUUCCAGAUGGGCGUCGUGUUUGCGCAUCACAAGGGCAGUUGUUCAAAGGGAUCCGGGCCUCUUCCUUCAAGUUCACACUUCUGCUGUGGGGUUAUUGCAUUUCCCCAUCGCGCAUGCCUCAGCGCUUUGUCACUGGGUAAAUCUUUCCUUAGUAGAAGCUUGUGAGUUACCUCGUGAAAUACAGUUUUGCAAUUAUGAUGAGCUUCGGUUGGAUAAUGCCUGUGACAUCAGUGGCACUGAGGAGCACAACUCUUCCUGACGUUUGUGCCGUUUUAGAGAACUCUUUUUAAAGUCAUAUUUGCCUUUCAUUGCUUUUCUAAUCGGGAAGAUGGUGUGAUUCCAGAUAGGUGCUGUCUUAACAGUUGCUUAAAUGCUGAGUGCUUCUCUCUGGUACUAGAACACACACACACACACACACACACACACACCAGAUCCACGAGGUUUCUGUUGCUUUAUAUUUUUUUAAAAAAUGGUCUCCUACUCACCCCUAAAAGCAAUCAACAUGGUAUUUUCCCCACCAGCAGCAGGUCUACUCUAUGGCUGAAAUCCUAUGUAUCAUGUCUCAAUGGAAAAGGCAUUUAAAAGCUGUGGUGAAAGGAUUCAAGAUGCUUAUGUAAAUUUUAACAUCCUUUUCAGUGGGCAAAUAACAACUGUCCACUAAGAGAUCUUAGUUAAUUUUGCAACAAGGCAUAGGAGAAGAAGUAGCCCCUUAGAUACAUUGGCUCAGUUUCUUAAAGCCUUCUAGUUCACAACCAGCCUGAUGCCUGGAAGAUAAUAGAAGCCAGUACAAAUAUAUGCAUCUGGGUAAAUUUACUUUGUGUAAGAGUGAUAAAAGAAUUUCAGUUAUCCCCCACUGCCCUGCAUGAUAUUCAGUUGUCUUUGUCUAUAGUUUCUGGCUUACUUUUGUGUGGGAUGUGAAAGUAUCCAUGACUAGCCCUGGAAUAGAUUAGAUUAGAUUAGAUUAAGGCAGUGGCAGUGGUGGGGGCCCUCAAUAUCUUAGACUACAACUCCCAUGAUUCCUAACCAUUGGCUGUUCUGUGUGUCGUUGAUGGGAACUGGAGUCCAGCAAUAACUGGAGGCCCACAGGUUACCCAUCCCUGGUACAAUGAACUGUCUUUGAAACUCCUUGUACCAGAUUUCCCCCCACCACACAUCCAGACUCCUGAUCCUAGGAACCCUCUUGCCUAGAGCAGUCUCAGAGACACUGUUCUCCUUACCUUACGUGGGUCUCCUGCUCUGAGUUCUGGCAGUGCUUUGUGUUUUCCCUGCCUUUUAAAUGGUGCUGCAUUUUGGGAAGGUCAUCACUGCCCCUCACCCACCAGGUGAGCCUUUUUCCUGUGCAUUUUGGACAGGGGAAAAUUAUGUGAGCAGCAGCUAUAACCCUUUUGGGUACAAUGGAUGAGCCAUGGUAACCGCCGGGCCUUUAUUGAAUUAGAAAGAAAUUCUGUUUGUCAGAGCCCCUGCAGGAGGGAAGUUAUAUGGUGUCCCUCAGAAGAGCUGCGGCGUACCUCCCUCCUCUCCUGACGCACUCAUAGUCCCAGGCACUCGAUGCCUCAUAAAACACACAUCCCUUCGCUCCCAGCCACUAGGCUGUGUUUUUCACUGUCUCCUGCUAGUGCUUGCCAUAAGUGCCAUUUUUCAUUGUGGUGUUUUCAGCUCUCUUGUCUUGUUCACAGGCGGCUGCUGGUGACCAGCUGUGUGGUGGAUCAUUUUCUGGCAAGAACAGUGCUUGUCCUGGAAUUCAGAUGGGGAGAAGUGUUGGGUAGUCCUUUAGUAAGGAGAGGCCAGGAUUUAGUUAGGGGCAUAAAUGUGGUUUUGCUGACACGUUGGUGUGUACAUGACCAGGCUUUUGAACUUUGCAGAUUCUUUCAUUAGGCAAGCACAUGUAGCACCUACUAAGCCUGAGCAGUGUAUAAAUUAUGUUAUUUAAGGUGGAUGCCAGCAACCUAUGCCUGGCUGUGUGCUGCUUUUCUGUGAUUUAGAGCCUUUUGUCAUUUCAGAUUACAAUCAAAAUAAAAAAAACUUAGGACUCUGCUGUUGAGUACAUUAAUGAAUCCCCAGUAUGGCAGCCGUGAGCAUCAUGGUGUCCUCAGACACCCUUCUGAGCACCUGCCUUUUUUGGCCAUUUGUGAUUUGGGGGGUGUUUCCCUGUCCCCCCCCCCCAGUGUGUUGUUUUCUUUGGGAUGCAUGUAGGUAUUCCACUUGUUUUAGGAGCAUGUUUCUGGGCAUCCCCAGUUCUUCUUUUGUGAAAUGGGCAUUUUGUGGUGCCCACUACAGUUUCUUAGAUUUCCAAAUGUGUCCCUGGCUCCAGAAGGUUGAAGGCCCCUAGUUGAAUCUAUUUUCUGAAAAGCAUUUAAUGUAUCAUGUAACCUUUGGGCUCAACUUCAUUUUUUUCCUCUCUCUCUCUCUGAACUCCAUAUUUUAAAGUUGUGAACACCCUAUUUCCAUUAUGUGUCCCAAACCAAAUCAACUGUGUUUCUCCACUCCUGUUAAAACGCUCAGUUCCUACUUGGGGGAAGAAAUUCACACAAUUAAGAGAGUGAGAUGUAAGCAUAGAGGUGCUGGGGGAGCACAAAGUGACUGGGGGGAAAUUGCAAAGAGAGCAGCAAACAAGUUAGAUAACUGUCUCCCUUCCAGGUUUUCAAUAUUUCCUCUGCAGCCUAGGAGACUCAACACCUACUGCCCUUUGCAAAAAUAGAAUUCUAUGGAUUCCAACUUCUGACCAGUGAACUCAGUUUUCUAAUGGGUGAAGCUGUUGAAGCUGCAGCCCAUGUUUGAGGAAUUGUGGGCUUCACGUUUGCUGUGUGGGCUUCAAGUGGAUGGGUGUGGGAAGGGCCAAGCAGGCAUCCUUUGGCUUAGUGGGCAUGAAUUAUUCUCAGGAGUGUGGGUACUAAGGCCGGGUCAGGAAGGGCAGGCAGUACAGCCAGCCUCUCACUGUGAAGCCUGUCAGCUGUCCUGCAAGAGCUGCCACUAGGGAUGGCUUGAGGCCCAUUGCCAUCCCUCUUUGGGCUUUACAGUCUUGGUGAGCCUAUAUGGACCCUGUGCAACAGAAAGGCUGCUUCUUGUGGGAGAGGGACAUACUGAGUGUUGAAUAUGGCUGUCUGAGCACAGAACUGAAGGAAAGGAGGAGCUUGCCUAAGGGAUUCAUGGAGGGGCAUCUUGCGCAUGGGAGAUCAAAGGCCUACCCACCACUGAGAAUGUCACUUCCUUUGGCAUCUGGCUCUCUUAAUCUGCCAGGUCUGCCCCACCAAUUCCAUCCACUUUGCCGGGUUCCUUUGGGCAAAGCUGAUCUUCCCGAUUGUGGGUGCACCUUGCCUGUCAUCCCCCCUUCCUCUGGGGUGUGAUGUUUCUGCAGCCUGAAAUAGCAGCAGCCCUUUCAUCAUUGUCAGCUCAUCUCCAAUUUGCUCUCACCCUGUGUCUCUUUCCAGGUUUCUGUCCCUGCUCAGCGUCUGCAUUUCCCGUCUCUGCAAGCUGUGCCUUGCCCGGCUGAAUCGCGUCUUAUUUCUAGCCUCCCUCACUUCCUUUGAAUUAUUUCCUUGUUCUCUCAGCUCUUUGCCGCAAAUUCCCCUUUAGUGUCAUCUGCAAAUGUAAUUGUCAGGCAUUUGGGAAAUAAAAAUUGAGGAAACUUUCCCUGAAGUUCAGUUGCAUCGAAUUUUAAUGCUGUUUCUCCACUCGGUAUCUUUUUAUGGCAAUUCUGACGGAGUUGGUCUUGUGCUCUUUUAAUCCUGGGUGCCCCUGAUCCCAUCACUGUCACUCGUUCUUCGUCUCCCCAUUCUGUUAUACCCUGUAUUGAUGCUAUGCUUGGAAGCAGACAUUUUAGAAAUUGCACGUCCUUUUCCUCUGCCGGAAACCCAGCCAUGCUUAGGGAGAAGCUGCAUUUAGAGGGCAAUUUAAAAAAAAACCAGCUGGGGGGGGAAUGCAAGAACCAGCAAUGCAAGGUGCCUCUUGCUUAGAUCGCCCCCCCUCCUGCCAUUAGCAGUAGCUUAUCUGGGGUUCAGUCAUCUCAUUAGCUAAACCUGAUUUGGCCUGGUGUGCAUGUUAUCAGGAGGUGCUGGUUUUAGAUGUAUAUGUGCUGGAUAUUUUUUCCACAAGGUCAUUCCUCUCAUCUUUUUAAAUAAUCUUAUUCCUGUUGGACUCCUUGUUAUUUUCAUCUCUCUCCCUUUUUAUUGAUGUGCUCUCUGGCUGGGCCUCUGCCCUUGAUAUAUCUGUACAAUCCUGCCUAAUUCCCUUAGUUCUUUUGGUCAGACAUUAAUUCACUUUCCUCCGUUGUUACACUGUCCUUUCCAUGCAGUCUUAAAGGAAUGCCAUUGACUCCAGACCCCAUUCUUAUGUCGGACUGGUGUUAGUGCUUAACUCAGGAGACGGGCAACGGGCAGAAAAUGAACUGCUUCCUCUGUUGUGUCUUAUUAUUUUUAAAGAGAUUUGUCUUUGCAUGUUUGGAAUUGCCUCGUGAAGUGCAAUUGAUUCCCUGUUCUUUGUGUGGGUCUUUAUAGUUCAUUGGGGAAUCAAGUAUGGAGGGCAAGAGGGUUUUUUCCUGUUAUAAAAGAAAAGAAUGUGGAAUAAUAUAGAUGUGAAAUUGUAUGACUCUAAAAGGUGAUUGAGAAUCAGGGCAGGGGUGGGAUAUGGAUCUCCUGCCAUCCAGCUGGCUGGAUUCAGAGCUACUUACUGGCUUUAUGACAAGUGUUGCAAGUGUUCCUAAGGUGCAAGGGAGCAUGACUGAGCCCGGAGGCAAUGUUUUUCCGCUUCUGCUUUGCAGGCUGCUUCCUGAUGGCAGUCAGCUCAGUCUUUUGCUGCUGAAUGGGAAGCUUUACACUCUUGCUCCAACAGCAAGCGUAAAUGAUACGAUAUUUAUAGCCUUCCCUCAGACCACUGUAUGAAAGAUCCUGCAAGUGUUGUAGCCCUCCCCACCACAGAAGAUACAUCACCCUCUGCCCAGGAAGACUGGGGAAGAAGGGGCAGGAAUGGUCGGAGUGGUGCAGGGCAGCUUUGCCUUGCAGGGAUUUCAAAACAGAGGUUUUUGAGCUGCCUGUAAGGAAGCAUGAAAGCCCCCAAGGAAGGCGUGUUCUGGCCAAAGAACAUUGGGCAUCAAUGACUAGUGCAGUAUUCUUCAGCAUCUUGAGAUUGGCUCUCCUGCUUUUUUUGGUAUUUUUCAUUGGAUGCUUCCCAUUCCACCCACCCCUCCCCAUGGCAUUAACUGGUUCCUGACUGCUGAGUUUUGAAUGUUGCUGGCUUUGGGUUUUAUUAGACUGUUGGAUACUGCUUUUAAGGAAGCUUCAUACUUGUCUAGAACCAACAUUUCUUUUUUCCUGUACAGCAGUGCAGAUCUGAGUGCUAGGAGUUGCCUUAAUGCACACAGCCCAUUGUCUCAACUGCUAGACUUUCGUUAGCUGUUCAUAGGCAUUCCCCUGGUCCACAAGGUGGGCUUUCCUUGGGGUGGGACUCUGAUAUUGGGGGUUGGCCCACUGCUGCUUUAUUUAUUGCUGAGAGCAGGUAGGUGGGAUUUUUUGGUGUGUGAGAGAUUAUAUUUAGCUUGUAUUGUACCUCUGGCCUAUAGUAGGGAACUUGGAGGAAAAGAUUCUGCGCAGCCUCGUCAUUCCUUUGCCAAGCUUUCCUUGCUGGGGAGGGGGAGGCACUCUUGCCAUGUGCCUGGAGACUAAAUGAGUGGCGGCGUCCAAAGGGCUUUCUAAUUUGGGCUGUUUGGAGUCUCCUUGCACUUCUCUCUCUUUUAUUGGCGUUAUUAUUUUGGAAGAAGCACCCGUUCUGCAGCACGCCAUAAAGAGUGACAUUGUGCAUGUGCGAGCGCUGAGUGACACCUGGUGCUGUCCCUCAAGGGCACUUUGCUGUUCCCCAAGCACCGAUCAAGAGCCUCUCCCACUUUGCAGGAAGGAGGCGGGUGGGCAGAUGGAGUUCUGGUCACUGCUGAGCCCAGGGAGGGCAGCAGCCAAAUCCCUCCGGCUGGUAAAGGAGCCGGCGUGAGCUUUGCUUCCUCAGUGCUCUGGGGCAAGGGAGAUUUAGCACUGCCUUCCGUUCACUGCCCUGUCCAAGGGGUUGCCGUUUCUCUCCUGUGAUCAAGGCUCUAAGGUUAAAUAUUCUAUUGAUGGAAUUAUGGAUUGAGUGGAAUCGGAAACCUCAAAGGCUAAAAAUACAGUUUGCUGCCAGGAAACAAUAUAGGCUGCUGGGAGCUGCUGGGGUGCCACUUCAGCCUGUGCUGCAGCUGGUGUGGUGGAUGGAUUUCUGCUCUAGGGGUCUCCUGAUUACACAGUAGGCUUCCCCUGUUUUUCCGAUAAACAAACGAGCUCUCUCUUCCAAAUAGCAGCGGCUUCAGGUCCCAGUCGCUCGUCCUGGCUGUGUUCCUUUUACAGGAUAUCACUUGCUUUUUGCCAAGACAGGCGCGCCAAUGGAAUUAUAUUCUGAGGAUGGCUUAUAGAGAAGGCUGUUUGUGUGCAUUUUCAUGUGGCACAUCUGCUUGGGUUUUCUCUGAUGCGGUUGCUGGGUGAUUUAAAUAUAUAUAUAUUUAUUUUGCUAAGCUUGGGUCACUAUGGCAUUCUGGGCUCCUGUCGCUCAGCAGGCUCAGUGGGCUUUGUCUUUUGUCUUAUGUUUUUCCUUAGAUCAGCCCCGCACAACCUGAUGCCUGAGGACUGGUGGUGGCUUAGUUGUGACCACCUGGGAGAAUUCCAGAUGCCCCUUGGUGGUGGUCCUUUCCCCUGCUGCAUAGGAAAUCCCAACAAAAGGCCACUAGGACCUGAGCUUUCAGUGUCACUUUGUCUACACUCCAUCUCCUCUUUGUAGGUUCAGAGGCAUGUGAAGGAGUUGGCACCAGCUUUCCCAGUCGGCUUGCCGUGUCACCUGUUGCUGGCAGAGUGGAAGCCAGCUGUGCUGUUGUCACUGAAUUCCAAGAAGGGAAGAGUAAAUGUUGCAGGCAGAGGAAAAGAAGCAAAGAAAGGCAGUGGAGGAAGAAAAGGGAGGGCAGAUGAAUGGGCUCACAGAAAGUCUUAUAGGGUGAGAAAAGAGGAAAUGACUGGUUAAUGAACAGAGGCCAGAGAAGAGGGCCAUAGGGUGCUGAUAGGAAAGAACAUGGAGUGAAAGAGGUGAGGACCCUAAGAGACUUGAUGUGAUACAGAAAACGAAGAGCAUUUAAGGUACAGAGAGGAAAACAGGGAGUAAAAGUCAUGGAAGCUGCAGGAAAAUGGGGUAACUGAGAGCUAGAUAAGAGCGUUUGGAGAGAGAAAGGAGGAGUGGAGGGUUCACAGAAUACUUUUGAGAGAUGGGAUGCAGAGAGAGAAAAACAUAAUAGAGAAUGGAUUAAAAAGAAAACACAGUUAAAACGAGAAGAAAAACGCUCAUGUGGUUAGCGGUAAAAGUCUCCCUCAGAGUAAGCUGAGGUGCGUACCUUCGUCUGCUUGAGAACCAACACCAUUCUUUCAGUUUUGGCACAACGGCUGACUUAGCCUGGGAGCUGCCUUGUUGCUUCUGCGGUUCUUCAGCUCCUGCCCUGCCCCUCGUUGCGGACGGAGGGCUUUAGCGCAGAAGUUAGUGCAGCAAGUUGGAAGUUACGUUGCUCGGUGUAGUGUGAAAAGGAGACACGCCAAGGGACACUGAUUCGACCCUCUUGAGCAUGAAAUGGGUUGGUGCCGAGGCGUGGCGGGGGGCGUCUGAUGGAGUGUGUAAUAGACUGCGGAUGCGAGGGAGAUACAGGAUCCAAAGGAAUGGAAUUUGUGGGCUGCAGUUUCUCUCCCUGCCCUUAAAAAACAAACAGAACAAAACAAAUCUCUGCAGAGGCUGAUGCGGUAGCCAUGGCCUAGCUAGGCUUCCUGCAGCACAGGGCAGGGUGCUUGAAAUAAUAAUUUUCAAAAGCCCUGCUGGUCCAGGCGAAUGGCCCAUCUACUCCAACAUCCUGUUCUCACAGUGACCAACCAGAUGCCUGUGGGAAAUCUGCCAGCAGGAACCAAGUGCAAGAGCACUCUCCAGUUUCCAUAAUUCAGAAGCAUUACUGCCUCCAGCCGUGGAGACAGAGCCUACCUGUCAAGGCUAGUAGCCAUUGACAGCCACAUCCUCAAUGAAUUUGUUCAAUCCUCUUUUAAAGCCAGGAGGUUGCUAUCACUGUGUGAGUGAGUCCCAUAGUUUAAAUAUAUGUUGAUGAGGCCAAGUGUUCGUCUAGUCCAGCAUGCUGUUUCUAAGUGUGGCCACCCAGUUUCUUCUGGGGCACCUGCAAGCCCAGGCGUCAAGGCCUCAGCUCUUCCCCAUUCUUUAAGGUCCCCAAGUGGCAGUUAUUCAGGGGCAUGUUGCCUCUAAAGCUGUAAAUUCCAUUUAGCAAUCCGGGUGAAAUAGCUGCUGACGGACUUCCUCCUACUCCUCUGAAAUUUCUCUAAUCUCCUUUUGAAGCCCUCUAAGCCAGUGGUCAUCACUAUGUCCUUUGUGGCAGUCAAUUUCCAGUUAAUUAUGCGUUGGGUGAAGAAGAGCUUCCUUUUGUGUGUCUUGAAUCUACUGCUAAUUAGUUUUAAUUGUGUGAUCUGAGUUCUUGUGUUGUCAGAGAGAGAGGAAAUAUUCACUUUCUCCCUACCAUUUGCAUUUUAAAGGGUGGCCGAACCCCCUUUUAGCAUGACCCUCAGGGGCCCCCUCCACCUCUGCAAUUCUAUGAUUCUGUGUCUCCACUCUUAAGUUGUCCUUCUCUGUACCUUUUUCAGCUCGACAGUAUCAUUUUAGAGAUGGAGUAACUUGGGCUGUACAGCUUUGCCAUCCUGUGAGCUGGAUUUCAUUUGAUUGCCUGGAUAAGGGCAGCUUGAGAAAUGCUCUUGCUUUCACACGUGACACAACAAGCACAACUGCUGUGUGUACAUUGAUGUUACGCUAGUAUUUCCAUGUAAUAAAUGAAUGUUGCACACCAUCAGGAUGGGUCUGGGAACUUGGGGCAGGGCUCCCAAAUCUAUGUCCACAUUUUAUGUGAUGUCCACACUGUGUACAUGUCCAUCAGUGUACGUCUAAUAGGUGUAUUUGCCGCAUAAAGGGUAGACGUUCCUAAAGAGGGUGCAACAAGGAGAACCAGAGGUGCUUGAAAAGGCUACAAGUUCUGACUUCCGUAGGGUUUUAAUGGGAGGCACGACCGGCUGUGGCUCUUCAGACCAUAGCAAGGUGCAGGUUGUGCUGCUUUGUGAUGAGAGAUGGUGGCAGGGCUGUCUCGGCACAGAUGAUGGACGACUCUCCAGUCAGAUGAGCAGUGGUGGGGUGGGAGGAGAUAGACAGAUAAGCUAUUUUCAGGAAGGCUUACAAUUUGCAGGCUAAGUUUGGGCUAUCUGAAAGUGUUGGCUCUGCACAAGACUUGUUGCAUCAGUGGAGUGUAGGUCAGGGAAAGCCAACCUCCUUGUUCUCAGGACUACUCUAUUCCCUGGACUGUACGUUGUCCAGAGCUGGAACAACCUGACCUCAUGCCUGUCCAGAUUCUGUAGUUAAUUUGGGUUUGUAGAUGCGGAUAGCAUGUGAUCAGAUGAUACAGGAUUAUUAAUAGGGAAUGGGAACUGGGGCUGAUUCUUUCAAUAAUAAUAAUAAUAAUAUACCCUGCCCAUCUGGCUGGGUUUCCCCAGCCACUCUGGGCGGCUCCCAACAGAAUAUUAAAAUAGAAUCAAACAUUAAAAACUUUCCUAAACGAGUGGCAGGUUGGCAGUGAAACAGACGUAGACUCAUUGCUUCUUUUUCCUGAUGAGUAAAGCUGUGUGGUUUUCUUUCUAACAAUGCAGUUCAAAAUUUGGUAGCAUUAUUGGGACCUUAUUAAGUUGCUUUGGGGGCCAGAGGCAGGCUGCCAGUUAGCUAUUCCUGGUCUAGGUGAUGAGAGGGUCACUAAUACUGUUGAUUUAAAAAAAAAUUGACUCUGUUCCAGAGCCCCCACUCCUUAAAAUACGUAUUGUAUUCUUUGGGGUUUUUGUUUCCAGACUUCCUGGUACUGAGUCUUGAGCUCUCGGAUGCAUUGCAGUCACGUCUUUUCUUUAUCUCCAUGAUCAUCAGGCCUAAAAAGCAUUGAAGAGAACCUGAGACCCCCUUUGUUUCAGCAACUGUGACUGUAAGGAAGCACUGGAAUCAGCAAAUGUCAGCAGCCCUAAGAUAAUAAAUGUCCCCAGAUUCACUUUGCCAUCUUGAUGUUGGAAUGUGGCUGGCCUGAGAGCAAGCCCAGUAGAUUUUCAAUCCUAAAAGCCGCCGUUAUGUUUUUAGGUGGGGAACUCUUCCUUUCUUCUUUCAGCCCUCCCAUCUUCACUUUUCUGGGGCUCUUAUGGCCUCUUCGGUUAAAUGUUUGGGUUUCCGCAAGGCUGCCUCCGCUCUGCAUGGUGCCCGGUUCUGUGUCUGCCACCCAAAUGACUUUUGUAACGUGGUUAUGAGCAGGGCUUUUGUGUGGCGUUGCCCCUACCUAGCAGUAGCAGCCUUUGUUGCCGUGAGAGACCCCCAGAGCACCCAGUUAGCUGAGCGCAGCUCCUUGUUCACAGUGGGUGUGGCUGUUCGGAAAGAAAUAGAUUAUAUUUUGUGCUGAAAAAUGACUCCUCUGGGCUGAAGCUGUCUUAAUGAUACGUUCUUUUCUCACCAAGUCAAUAAAGAUGAAGGGGACUAUUCUGCAGGUGAAAUUAGCUUAUUGGAGAAUGGAAAAGAUCCAAGAGCUCUGCCUGCUUCUUGGUGAGGAAAUGGAUUGGUCUCUUUGCUAGACUCCUUACAGUCUGUGUAAAAAGUUUGCCCCCGGAUGCAGGGGAUAAUGUUUUAGCAGCUUGACUACCUGCCCCCAUGCUAACUUGUGCUGCAUAAAAACCAUUUUGUUCACCAUCUAGGGAAUCCUUGCUGUCCUUCUAGUUUUCUGAAGAGUUGGUUAGGCUGCAGAUCAGGCAUGAAGACACUGUGACCUUCCAGAUGUUGCUAGUCUCCCAUCAGCCCCAUAUGGCAUGGCUGAUGGUCAGGGAUGAUUGGAGUUGUAGUCCAACAGCAUCUGGAGGGCCCCAUCUCUGCUUUAGAGUGAAGGUCCUGUGCAACUCAGGAGACAGCAGAAAAGGACUGUGUCCACCAUCUUUGUCACUGUGUCUACUAGCAGUUUGAUCCGACACCUGUCCCACAAGAACUUGAGCACAAGUUGCCUUCAAGUGUAGAGCAGGCACCUUGCCCUGUGAAUGCUCUCUUGGUUCUAGGGCUGGACAAUAUCUGGUUUUCAACAUUGCAAUAUAUCACCAGCUAAACAUCACGGUAUACUGAUAUAGCACUGAUAUAUGUGUCUGAAAUAAGGCAAGCGCUCUGGCUUUUUCCUGCAUCGUGAUUUUUGCAUAGUGCGCGCACACACAUCAUGAUUUGCAAUAUAUUGCCAGGUCAAAAAUUAUGAAACUGAUAUCACGAUAUGGACUUCAAACUGGUUUUGGAAGAUCGAUCUAUCUAUCAGUAUAUCACACAGCCCUACUUAGUUCCCACCUAAGGUUGAGUCAGCAGACAGUGAAGACAAAUGUGGGAGCAGGUGAAGUAAGAGCCUCGUGCUGCAUUCUGGGUAGAACAGGUUGCCCCAAAUCCAGGGCACUGCAUUUCAGCCAUGGCAGAAUCUCACUGGAGUAGAGGCUGGCAUUUGGCAAGGGUUCCCAUUACCAGUACGAUCCAGUGACUAUGUGGUGCAAGGCCCACUUUUUUUAACCCCUUAGAUAUGUGCGCUUGCGAUGGAAUGAAGCAGGUUGACGUGCAGGCAGACGGAAGGUGCGGCAUGGAUGAUCCGGCCGCCAUGCCUGCAUUUUCAUUUGGGGGGUGUUUGCUUCCAUUGCCCUGUCUGAGGCUUCUGCGUGGCUCUCUGGCGGCGUUCCUGCCCCUCCAGGUCUGGGCUGUACAUAUUGUCUGCUUGGCUGGGGCGGGAUCUGUUUUCAGUUCAAAUCAGCAGAGGGGAGAAGAAAGGGGAGAGAGAAGCAGGGGCGGGGAAGGUGAGCGGAGCCUAAUGUACCGGAGGUGCCUCGGAAAUGAGAACCUUGGAUGAAUUCCUGGCCCUAUUGAUUGGUAUACAGUUUAUGCAUCCUGACAUUCAUAAUCUUGGUCUGCUUCUGAUGGUCCAGAUUAAUGGGCCCAGGGGCUGUCCAUCCGUCACUUCCCAUUAAUUACUAGAGAGGUGUUUUUCCAGUGAUUUACCUGACAGUGGGCCAUGAUGAAUACCCCUAAACGGAGUGGGCAGUGAUUAAUCUUGCGGCCACACCCUUCCCCAACUCUUCCUUUCCCCCACAACCACAGGACAGACCCCCGAGCCAUCCGUCUCCAUAAAUGUGGCCUGAUGCAUAUUUAUAGGGGCCUGGGGCCUGGCAGAUAGCAGCCUUGCUGUUUGUGCCAAAGCUUAUGAAAAAUAAAUCUCUCUGGCAAGAGGGGGGCCGCAAGUACCUGGGGCCUCAGGGUGGCGGUUAGCCUUGAAGGCUGUGUGGUCUGGGGUUUGAGGAAAGGGUCAAGGAGGCUUGAGCGAGAGGAAGAGAACGUGGCCUAGCAGCCGUCAAUAGGACUGAGAGCCAGGAUUCCUGGACUGCGCUCCUGCCGCUGAGAAAGAAGUACCGGUAGGCGCCGUUGGUGAUUAGAGCACCGAUGCAGGGCUUGUGGAGGGUGGUAUGGCCUAGUGGGCUCGGGGAGGGAGACUGUGUGCUGCACACUUGCUCCUGACCCUAGAUCAGCUGAAAUGGAAGCCCUACAAGCCAGGAUUUCCAAGUGCGUUUCACAGACCUGUUCCUAAUUGGCUGCCUGUGUGAAGUGGCCAGUCGUGUAGUUUUCCCACUUGCAGAAUGCACGUGAGACCCUUUACCAAAGUGGCAUGAGGCUGAGUGCCUCCUUUCAGUGUGGCUUGUGUCAUCUGCGGGUGUAGAAAACUGCAUUGUGCUCCCAAAGGGACAAGUUGUCCUGGUAGGAGGAAAGCCUGUGCAUUUUGGGUUUAUAUUUCUGUAACGCUGAGCAUGCAAGGUGCUGGUUGGUCUUUGAUAGAGGCAGGGGUCCUGGGGAUUCUGUCUCUACCUGUUCUGUCUAAGCAAGCACAGAAGGGCCAGUGCAUCACUGGCUCAUCAUUUUACUGAUCCUGCGUUGGUAACAUCAAGUGGUGUUCUAGUUGGUGAGUGGCAAGUCAGCAAAAAUGUGGGGGUCCUUGCACUACAUGUUAGGCUUAUUUCUAGCACUUCUGGAUACUUUUAAUCCUCUCUGUAUAUUUUGAAGCUUAGGGUUGGUGGCAGCUGGGCUGACUAAGGUCAAACCUAGAUAUUCACUUCCAUAGGUACAAGAGCACUCCUUCCUCUUGCUAGUCCUAAUAUCCAGCUUUUUCCAUAACUCAUUUAUCCCUUACUAGUGUAACUCAUCUAUCCUGCAGUCGUUAGACACCUCAUGCACAUGUAAGAUGGGCUUGGCGUGGCAGCAGUCAUUCCCAUAAGCCUCAUAGUCUGAUGGGCUUCUCUUAUCUGAAGUAAGAGAAGAGAUGGGGCAUGAAUCUCCUUAGUUGUCGCUUGAGUGUGUCUAUUGAGGUGGGGGAUUGGGUGUCACCGUACAUUAAACGGGGCAGGUUCAGCAUAUAGGCUUCGCAGGAAGGUGUGUGGAGGUGACUAGAUAGUGUCAGUAGGAAGGGGAAGAUAGCACAAAGCCGAUCUCGUUGCAGACAUGUGAUAUGUUCACGGCAACAUCUUUUGCUGCUGCUUUAUUAAUGUGUGGACCUUAAUUUAAUACAGCACACGCUAUAUAUUUUCAGAAGUUUAGCUAACAGGAGAUACAACGUGUUUAGCAUAUUCUGUAGAUCUCUGGUUUGCAGAAGCUUAAAUCUGUCCCUUAGGUGCUUGGCGGUUUAGGAUUUAUAUGCUGCACUUAUUGCAUAUCCAUGGGAAUGCAAUUGCAAGGAGGAGAUGGCACACCACAGCCCCUCCCCUUGCCAUUAGGGGUGGGGGAAGAGUGUACAAAGCAACACACUGGCCUUCUUAUCUAAGCACUGGAGACUUUGAUGAGUGUCUGUAUCAUUUCCGCCUGGAGGCAGCAAGAUUGGGACUUAGCGGGGGUUUGGUGUUGUUUUGCAUUAGGAAGCAGGACGGGCUGCUUCCUGGAUCAGCUGAAAGCCUAGGUUCCUGUCCAGAUGGAUGCAAGCAAAUGGGUCAUCACAGACUCUUUAAAUUUCACCCAAAUCUCUGGGUGUUCAAAGUUUGCACGCAACCUUGGUGGCUUGGACUCCUCAUGUUGUUAUUUAUUUCCCCUUAACAGUUCUGGAUCCAGAAUUUGGGAGAUCUUUAGGCAAGACUACUUGGCCAGACUAUCUGUCCACCUAACCCAGUAACUGUCUGCACUGAGUGAUAAUAGCUCUCCAGGGUCUCAGACAGAGGUCUUUCUCACCAUCUGCUGCCUUAUCCUUUUUUAAAAGGAUGCCAGGGAUGGGACUUGCUAUCUUCUGCAUGUAAUGCAUGUGCUCUGCCACUGAGCACUGGUUUCUCAGGCAUGGCUUCGCCUAGAUUUAACACAGGACCUCUCAUUCCCUGAGCAAGAAUAAUACCUCUAGAUUUUACCUACCUUUUACCUACCUUUAAUAUCUCCAGAUCAGAGGGAGGCAACAUGGUGCCCUCCAGGUGUUGAUGGACUAGCCAGCUGGCCAGUGAUCAAGGAUGAUGGGAAUUGUAGUCCAGUAACAUAUGCGGAGCAUCAUAGUGGGUACCUCUGCUAGAGACCUCUGCUCGCUGGAUUCUUUCACACGGCUUCUGUACUUUCUGGUGCUCUGUGCAAAAUAAGAAUGGCCACGUUCUUAGGCAAUGGGCAUUUUGCAUUUCUUGGGAUCGCAGCAAAAAUAUUACCUUGUCACCCUCUGGGGCUAACCUUGCUUCUGAACAGUAAUUGCUCAGAAAUGCGUCCUACCUUACUAAUUAGAUAAGAACAGCUUUUCCCUCUCUGUCUUGCCAGCUAAUGCCCAGUUUAUUAAAAGUGAGAUGAAGUUAGUAUCUGGACUUCACCUUAUUAGGGGACCUAGCUGUGGAUUUGGCUUGUUAAUUUGAGGGGAGACGUAUGGAAGAGAUGGCUUGCCUUGACUAAUCUUGAUAGUGGAUCUCCACCCCCACCUAAAAGAUAAAGAAGGCCAUUGCCAAUUCUGUGGGGCUAAGGAAGUCUGUGGGGAUUAGGAAGUCUGAGUGUAAAAGAAAGGCCUGGAGCAGGAGUUCGAUAGAUCAUCCAUGGUCUGUGAACUCCAUUCAGGUGGACCAUGGUAUGUCUGUGGUUUUUGGAUUGAAUACAGGAAAUGGCACAUCCUUAAAUUAAAUAUGUUGAUUUUAAGUGUAUUUUAAUUAUCUUUUAUUUCUUAUAUUGUAUUUUAUUAUAGUGCAGUUUUAAUUCUGUGGAAUUAAAAUUGUAAUACCAUAAAAUGCAAUGCUGUAGAAAUAAAAGAAGCAAUUAAAAGCAUACUUAAAAAACAGACAGCAACUAGCACAUCAACUGCUAUGACAGGCCAAAAAAACAAAGAAACCCAUUAAGUGAUUCUGCAAGACCCUCAGCAGUUUUCAAGUGGUCCAUGGGGGGGUGGAUGGUUUGGGAACCAUUGGUCCGUCCGACCCUCAUCCCUACCCUGCCCCAGCUGAGAGAUUGGAAGGUAACUGUUGCAAGUGUAGGCUAAAACUACAUUAUUAUUAUUUUGACUUGUUUUGCUUGUUCAGUCCUGUACUUAACACUGUCCGGUAUACAUGGAUCAAGUUGGACAUGGAAACAAUCAAACUGAGAGGAGGGCUCUGGCAUUUUAGAGGCAGCAAUCUAUUUUCUAGCUUUCAUGCACUUUGAAGUGCUCUGAGUCAACGACAAGCACUGCUGUGGUUCUCUGUGCCGGAUUGAGGCAAAGCCGAUAAAAGCCUUAGAGCAGCUUGGUUAGGGCUUGAAGCAUCUGGGGUCAGGAUGCUGAUGUGCAGAUGGGAGCUUGCUUCUACCAGUUUCUUGGAAAUAGCAAGGGAGCUGUAGGUCCAGCAUAUGAAAAGGCCAUGUAACAUUAGCUCUCUCCCACAUCCAGUGCAAAGUCACUGUGACUUCCUGGGACACGGUUGCCCUGCUUUCUAGAGAGCUGUUUCUGAAAGUGUUUAGGGGGAGAGUGGAAGCCACAAAGAGGGCCGGGUGCCAUUAAAUCCUAGUGCAAGGCACAUAAGAGAUGCAUGGGUAGUUCCUCGAUACAAAAGAAUAAUCAAAAUACAGAGUAAUAGAGGGUAUAUAGAGCUUUUUUGGCAGAAUGUUUGAUUCCAGGUGUAGCUCUGUUUAAGGAAAUAACAAAUCAAUAGAGCCGCCUCGGUUUUAGAAGUUCCACACUGUUAUGAAAUUACUGGUGCUUGGAGCAUGUUUUUAGUCCUCAUGGUUGCAAAGAGAAGUUUGGAAACAUGUUGGCAAAAGAUUGUAGAGAGGAGAGGCUACACAAGGUUGUCAAAUGUCAGUGGAUAGUAUUUCAGCUCCCCCUUCCUGCUCUAUAACUGGCUACAUCAGUGGUUCUCAAAGAGAGGAUCACAAGUGUCGUGGGAAAACCCAAGGACAAUCAAAUAAACAUUUAAACAUUUCAAUGUUACAUAGUAUAGUACAAGUAUAAUAUCGAAAUAAUAUUUUUUAUUUGAAGAAUAUAGAUAUCUUUUCCAAAUGAGAGCAGGAGCCUCAAGUGAUACUAAUGACAUUCCUAGUUGUGUUUUCCAGUGUAUUUCUUAUUUUCAAAAAUUUGGCAUGGCACGAGCAAAUUUUUGUUCUUAAAGUGUGAGCCAGAGAAAAAAACUUUGAGACCCUCUGGGCUGCAUCCCAGUUCCCAACUUCUGCCUUUGUGCCUUUCUGCCUCACAUGCCUCUACCCUAGUCAACUCCUGUACCAUUUUUCUUUUAAGUUGAAAGAGAUCUGGUACAAUCACUGAAAAAUUGAAUCAUGAAAGCAAAAUAAAGUAAGACAAAGCAGCUGUACCCUGUGCUUAGAAUGCAGCCAUGGUUAUGAGGUUAUUGUAACUGUGCAUAACGGCAUGCGCAAAUCCACCCGUCCUUUGGCCAGGAAAUGAGUUACUGAUCUAGUUCCACCUCUGCCUUCCCCUGGCUGUAGACUAUUUCUCCUCUGUAAAAGGCAGCAGGUGGGACACAGAUUGUGCUUCUGUUUCCAGGUUAUCCUCCCCUCCCUGCUUCCCCAAACACCUGCGUGGGGCUACAUUGCUCUGCUGCUCACUCGACUGAUUGCUUUCCUCUCUUACAGAUCUUGGCAGCACUAUGCAGCCAGAUACGGAGAGGCCUCGGAUACGGCCCAAGAAGCCAGACAAGGCCCUGUACGUCCCCAGAGCUCUACGCGAGACGGCCGGCUCAAAAACCAGCACCUCAUUAGCCACCAGACAUGGGAGCGAGGGGAGCCUCUCCUGCUCCUCAGGGAAGGAGAUCACCAAAGGAUGUGAGGGAAGGCCGAGUCCCAGAGCUGGGAGAGGCCUGUUUCACGAGGACCGGGAUGGAGUGGAUGCGCCCAGAGAACCAAGAGGAACCUCAUCCCAAGGCGGGAGCUAUAGCAAUGCCUUCUGCACAAGGCCAAAGGCUCGGAAAGGGUCCCAGCAGAAGGCUGAGUCACACAGACUGCCCGCUUCCUCCAGCUUCCUAGCCACAACUCCCUCUGCACUGCCCAGCCGUCACGCAGAGUCCUGCACUGCCCUCUCUCAUACUAAUCUAUUGUGGAGGAUGGCCGAGCUCCAGCUUCAGCCAAGGCGUAACGAGGUAGACUGCUCUUGGGAGCAGCAGCACGUGUGUCCGUCAGCAGAGCAGGACACUUUCUCUUUGCAAAGGACUCCCCACACUGGCGUGAGCAAGCAGGCAGGAACACUCCUCACAGACCAGGUAGGGCUGAGUGAAGGGAGUGUGCAGACAUCCAGCAGCGAGAGGCUCUCGGAUGAGGGAGAGGUGGGUGACGGUGGCCUGUUGGCCAGCAGGGAAAGCGCAAUGGCGCCCGCGAGCCAAGGUUACACAGAACCAGCUGGAGUAAGUGAGGGCGAUGUGUCUGGAAGUUUAGCUGAGGGGGUUCCAGGUGGCCUAGGAGCACAUGAGGAUUGCCUCUCGGCAUGUGCAGGUGAGGGAGUGCCUGAUCCAACAGAUGCAGGCAAGGGAAACACGUUGGUUUGCCCUGAGACAGUUGAGCCUGGUGGACGUGAAGGCACCAAUAAGAGCAACUCCAAUCCGACAGAGAUGAGUGACGGUAGCAUGUUGGACUAUACGGCCAAUAAAGUUCCAGAUCAGACAGAACCAAAGGAAGGCAGUGGCAUCAAAGACACAAACGGGAGCGUCGCUGCUCAGGCAGAAGCCAAUGAGCAGAGCACACUAGAGCAUGGCGAGGAGAAUGAGAGUAGCGUGCCCAGUCAUGCAGUUGAACACAUGUCUGAUCAGAUUGGAGUGAGCUUUGAUAACGUGUCUGGAAACAGGGAUGAGAGCCCUUUAAUUGAGGCAGGUGGUUCAGGGGUGGCUGCAGGCUGUAACUCUUCAGAUAGUGACUAUGGGACAAGGGAUUGUCACCCCAAUUGUGUCUUGGAGGAUGAAGUGGGGCAAGGGUGUGGCAGGGAACACGAGGAGGGAGGCAGCAUUUCCCAUCACACCUGUUGGUGCAAAGGCGAUGUCUCUGGGGCCGAGGCUGCACCGGCAGCAGGAGAAGCGACUUUGGGCAUGGGAGAGCAAAGCGCUGAAGGAAGGGAGGCUGCUGGCCAGUCACUGGGAUGUGCCUCAAAGAAGGCGGCGUGCAGCGCAGAGAGAGUCAUGGAGGGAGCAGGUGCUCUCUCAGGGGACGCCUCAGUGCAAAAGCCAAGCCAUGGGGAUGUGGGCAUGAGGUGGUGGCAUCCGUCUGAAGCCAAGGCAGGCGAAGAAGCUGGAUGGAGCGAGGAGCCUGCUGGAACCAGCAUUGAUCCGGCAACCGGCAAUGAGGAUGACAGCGUGGCAGAUGAGAGCUGGGAUGCUCUGUUUAAUGACGAUGGUGACUGCCUGGAUCCGCAUUUACUGGCGGGGGUGAGUACUCUCUGUGGACUUUUCCUGCAUCUGGGUGUCAUGAGACAUGGUGGCGGGAGAUAGUUGCAUGUUGGGGAGCACGUGACGCAGCUGGUUUAUGGAGAAUGCAUUUUUAGUUUUGAAGUCCUGCAUGGCUGGCUGAGCUGGUGUGUCUGCAAUGCCUUUAUUCUGUAGCUUUGUUUGUGCUUUGUUUCUCGCCUUCUCUUUCUCUCUUUCAAUCUCAGUAUUUAUCCGAUGCCCUUUCCCAGAAGGUCAUGCCAUAAGCAAGAGAUUUAAAAUUUUCUGUUGGAAAAUCCAAACCUCUAUUCUUGGAGUAAACUGAUUUUCACACACACACACACACACACACACCCAGUUUAAAUCUGUAGGUUGUCCUGAUUUCAGUUUUUAGAUUCCAUUUAUUGAAACAUUUCCAUUCUUUUGGAGGGAGAGGAGAGAGAAGCUACAUUGGGUCUCUGUAUGUACAGGGACUAGAAACUGGUGAUCAGCAGAGACAGAGAGCCCGAGUUCUACUCUGUUUUUUGAGCAUUUAGUACAGAUUACCUGCACACUUUGAAGCUUUUCACCAGAGGCAUGGGAGCUACUAAGUUGCUUCUUUAUGAAGUCAUGAUGAGAGUUAGAGGGUUUGGAGAAAGCUUUUGCAAAGUUAACGCAUGAUGAUGACACUUUCUGGGUUGAGCCGAUUUCUGUCGCCUUCAAUAAUUGUGGGGAGAUGGUCACAUGUAUUCUGCUUUGAGGCUAGAGGAGGACUCAAAAGAAACACCACGAACGGCCUAGUAGUCCGUGGAGGUCUCCAACAGAAGUGGUGCUUGAGAAAUCAUUAAACAAGAGGAGCACAACAAUUGGCUUGAGAACUCUCCAACACCUUGAACUCCGCAACGCUUGCCAAACUCUCUUGGCUGACUGGAUAUAAUAAAAUGCGUAAAAUAAGGCAGGCGGAAGUUCCUCUGCACGGCGGCUGCGUUGCUACGAAGCAGAGCCUUCAUGAUGACCACGAGGCGUGCAGAGACAUACCGUGAAGUUUCAUGGAAAUGGCAGGUUUUUAAUUGGCUCUGGCUUGUUAGCAUAUCGCCCUGCAAGAAUAGCGCGAAAUGUGUUGCGAUGAGUAGCUCAGCACGGGGAGCGUGCAGCCUUGCCUUCCGUUUAUGAGGAAAGCACUGUGUCGGCUGGAUGGCUGAGAGCCCCUUAUUAAAGCUUAAAUCAAUACCAUAAACCCUGUACUUUUGGAGUGACACAAUAGUACCUAAAGUAACAAAGUGUCCUAAUAUUGCUGCGAUGUGCAUUCAGGCCUGCUUAGGAGCCGGGGGUUGAUCUGAAUGGAUUCGGCUUGCUAAUAGCUCCGGCGAACCAUUGAAAUUAACUAAGCAGGCUCAUUACCAAGGGUUAGCUCAUAAACCAUCCUAAACUCCUGGUAAUGGAAGCUGUUAAAACUCCAUGGGGGCAGCUUUUACAGGAAGUAGCUUUGGGUUCACUGCUGCUUAUUCCAGUCAGUUAACGGCAAGGAAAUUAAAUCUCCCUUUCUGGCAGGUGACCGGCCAGUUGAAAGUGAGGCCGGAUCAUGCAGGCUACCCACAGGCUACCCAUUGCGCCUCUGUGCAGAAGUGCCAGCACACCAAGCAGAACUUGUCUUCAUAGGUGUCGAAGGCGUAGCAAGAACAGAAUUGCCCUCAAACUGAUUUUGCUGCACAUGUGUGGCUCAAUCUCUGUAUGGUGCUGGUCUUGCAUAUCAAGGCGCAUAGACAACCUCCACGACUCCCAGGCUCAUAUAAACAAAUCCUGCUGCAAAGGAAAAUUUGCAGGGUUUACUGGAUGUUCACAUGUUUCUGCAGCUACGAUGCUCAGGAUACUGCUGGGUGGAAAUGUUUGUAUCCUGAAAGACACAAGGAAAGCGGGUGUGGUGAAGAAGGAAUCUAGAUGAUCUACUUUAGGUCUGCUUUCCUUCUUCUGUAAGGCUGGAUCUGCUGCACCAGAGGGAGAGCAGUAGGGCAAUAGCAUGGCUGGGCUUGGACAGAAGUGAAGGGGCAACCAGCAGACGAGUUUUGUGGCCAGAGAGCUUCUCUGUGCUCUCGCCUCUGAUCCCAAAGGCCUGACCGCAUGGAUGCGUGCCUAGUUGUGGGCAUGACCUAUUUGUAGCAUUGUGAAUUCUGCAUUAUGAAAUCGCUUUGCUUUGUUUAAACAAACUCUGCGCCUGCUUUCAUCAGAGAGCUGAUACCAGUAAACUGCCUGCAUUAGAAAGCACUAAUUUUAGAAAAGUCAGGGAUAAUUUCCUUUCAAUUAUCUCACAAGUAACCACUUGGAGGAAGGUGUAGACUGCAGAGUUGAGAGAAUGAAGGUGAGGUCUCGGGAGUCGAUACUCUGGGAAAAGGCUCAGUGUUGCAUUAGGGCAGGCUAAGGGUAAGUCUAAGGGGAUGACUUAGGCUCUUUAGGGCAGGGUGAGGGGGUCUUAAUGUGGUUUACAUAUUUCUUAAACACAAUUGCAGCUGCAUCUUUUGUAACAGUGCCACGCUCGGAGAACCCCAGAAUUUCCAUUUGCCACAGUGAGGAAUGAACUUGAGCAGUUGGCUUUUAGCCAUUUUUUUAAAAAAAUGGAGACGCAAUUUUGUUUUGUACUUGCGGGCAAAAAAAAAUAAAAAAUGUAGAUGGUGUGGUGAUGCAGAAUAUCAUGUAAUAAUUGUGGAGGCAUUGAUUUCCCCAACCUGAUGUCCUUCACAUGCUUAGAACUACAACUCCUUUAAGCCUCAGCCAGCGCAAGCAUACUGGCUGGUGGAAGCUGUAGUUCAAAACCUUUGUGAGCGCCAGGCUGUGUCCAUACUGCAUUUCAUUUCAGCAGUCUCUUUGCACUGUACCAGAACAAACCUUUGACUCUCCGCCCCCCGCCUUUGUAAACCACUUUGAGGGUCUUCUUACAAUCAAGCAAUACUGUAUGUGCAUUUUGUUAAAUAAAAUAUAAAUAAAUGUGUGUGUUCACUGAGAGCUGGGCUGCUACCCACAAUGGAUGUGCUCUGCCUCCGCAGUCAGAGGCAAUAAAGCUUCAGAAGAAACUGCAGGAGGGGAGAGCGUUCUUGGGUUUGGGUUUCCCACGGGCAUCUGGUUGGCCACUGUGAGAAGAGGAUGCUGGACUAGAUGGGCCAUUGGCUCUUUUUAUGUUCUUAAGUGUAUUCAUUUCCCUCCUAGAAUUGUAGUUUGGGCUUUUCAUAUUUAUCUUAAUGAACACCGGGCUUGUCAUAUUUAUCUUAAUGAGCACUGAACUAUGUGUGAUUGCACGAAUAUACCCACAUAUAUUUUUCACCCAAUCCAUUUAUCAGCUUUGAUUCCUCCCGGCCCUAAAAAGCUGAGAACCUUGUGAAAUAGCUGGACUCUCUAGAAUCACAUAGUUCCGACACGAGAUUUACUGUCUGCUAAGAAAAAUGAGUUGAUAUAGCUGAAGAAUGCCCUGGCAAAUGGGCACAGUGCUGGAAAUUCACCUUGAGGAAGAAAAGAGUUCUGAUAAUGAAAGAGAGAAGGCGGGACGAUGGCUGGGACAAGGGACAGCACAAGGGACAGCAUGAGGCUUUUGUCGAGACCAAUUACACAAAAGCUUGUAUCGCUUUAAUGAGGUACAAGAUUUUGUGUGGAUAAGACAGGACUUGGGUUGCCUACAGUGACAGAUUCUGGGAUGUGGUGUGAGCUGUGCUCUUCCUCAUACGAAUAUCAGCAGCAGAAUUUGUGGGUGAUGCCGGCCAAUAUCUCUAAUGGAGGAUCCAUCCACAUUAGCAAUUUCUCCUGAGCAUUUAAUGAUAUUUACUUUGGGACAUGCCCCUGCUUUGGGUCAACUUGCAUCUGUCCUGCAGUAAAUUGUUCCCUGGAGUGUUUUUAAAAUACUGCAGGAAGAUCCCGUCCUUAGUGAAAAUGCUUCUCCUUUAAACUAUGAAUGUCCCCAGAGUCCGGGUAUCAGAAGAUCUCCGGGCGCUGGAGAAAUGUGGCAGUGAAAAUUCACAGGCAAGAUUCCUGCAAAGCUCAGAGUCUGGCUUCCUUUCUGCAGCUCCAGCCUAGUGACUGUGCUGAUGCAGAUAUGCACAUAUCUAUAUCCUCCUGCUUGUGUUUUAAGAAAAGAAGAAUAUGUUGAGAUAAAAAUGGAAGGAGGGGGAAAACAGCUCGUGACUAAAUAAAGCUGUUCCUCUGCUAUUGCUUUCCCUGGUGAAAAACUUACUCUAGUUUCUCGUACCAAGGUCAGUAUAACUCAUUUCGUUGCAUAGGAGGAGUGUUGCGCUGAGAUUCGGGUGUGUGAAAGUGGGAUUUAGAAUGAGAGCGAUCAGAUCUUGGCAUACACAAAAGAGGGUGCUUUGCAUGAGUUGAUGUUAUGGCUUGUGUGUCGGUGCUGAGCUGCAGGUGAGAUGUGUUUGCUUCAUUCUCUGUGUGUAAGAGUGGAGUUGGGAGUAAAUGCUUCUGUGCAGGCUUGCCUGGGGAUCAGGGUAAGGGCUUAUGUUCAGGCCCUGUGCAGAUGUUUGAGAGUUGCCUUCUUCUGCCACAGGCCUUGGGCAUUUCCUCACUACCUAGAAACCACUGCUGCUGGUUCCUGUUUGGGAAUCUGCGAAGCCUUUUUGGAAACCCUGUUUUCAAUGACUGGGGGGGGGGGUGGUCUUGCUGGUCUUGCUCUGGGGCUGGGCCUUUGGUCCUCAUGGCCCUGGAGUCUAGAGUGGAUUCUUUCAUUUUCAUUUCACAAAGUUGGGAGGGACCACCAAAAGGCUAUUCGAUCCAUCCCUCCUGUUUCUUUUGAUCCAGUCCAACCUGUCUCCCUUCACUCAGAAGAAGAAGAAGAAAAUAUGAUCCUUCCCAAAUCAGAACAAAAACUUUAACAUGCAAUGGAAAAUGUGAAAAUAAUUCAUUCUGUCGUUUUGAAGGCCAUUACUUGUCUAGUUUGGGUGCCCAGCACUGACCAGCAACCCAGCUGUCCUUGCAGGCUGCGCACCCGAGAGGCCAAUGCAUGUGCCAUGUGAUGCGCUUUUUUCUGUCAUCCGUGGAAAAUAUGGAAUAGCUGGUAAUACAGUGUUUCUGGGAGGAUUACUUUUGGCUAAACUGGCCAGUUCUGUUGGAGAGAUUGUAACUAGGCAGCCCUGUCUGCAAAAGGGAGGAGUGUGCUAGAGCAGGCUGUCACGGGCACACAUUUCUGCCUCUUGCCUUACACACUUUUAUCUCUAUAAGGCUCCUCCGGCCUCUGCCACUGUGCUUCACUCUUCCCCCGCCGCAUGUUGACUGUCUUCUCCGUCUCAAAAGCUGAGCGAGCGAGCGAGAGUCAGCGCAGCAGCAUGGAUAAAUCUUUGGAGAGCGUUGAGCCGUGGCAGACAGUCUUCAUUUCCUGUGUCCUCUUGCUCCUUGCUGCCUGUGCAUCCGCCGGCAGAAGCUUUCCCAGCACAGGACAACAUCUGAACAUUAGCAAUCUCUGGGAAGGAGACUGCGAGCAGGAGGCUGGGACUGUGUUAAUGCGGCAUGAGGGCGCACGGUUCCUGUAAGCAACCCAAGACAGGAAGCCCAUUAAUGGGCUCACUUUUUCCUUGAGCAAACCAUUGCAAGCAUAUUUGUAAGAUGCGGUGCCGUGUUCCCCACUGCGCUGCCCUGAAAUAUGUGUGCACUUUGUCGCUGCAGAGCCGGCUCACAUCAGUCAAGCCUGAAGUUGUGUGCAGAGACGAGCAGGCUUUGUGGGCAGGUUUGUACAUGUUGUGCAUUGUGCAUGGAUUGUCACCACCCUUCCGAGGCAGGCAGCUCCUGGCCCUCAGUGUGCCUUCUGCUGCACCCAGUGGUUUGUGAAGGUCAGGGGUGCUCAUGCAGUGUGCUCUCCAUCAUCUCUGAAGAUCUGCCAUGCCACUUAAUGUUAUGAGAGGCUGCUCCCUCAAGCAUUUCUUGGCCAGCUCCCGCUGCGACCGAGUGUAGUUCGCUUAGGUUCCUUAACGAUCAAGUUAAUAGCUUGGAUCCUGUUAAAUCCACCGAGGCACACACUCCAUCCUGUCCCUCUUGCUGCAGAUCCACCUCUUCCUCCCUGAUUCGCCAGCUCGUUCUUCCGUGCUCCACCCACCCACAAAUUCACUUUCCCGAAGAAAUUAUCUGAAUUGCUGUCUUUUAUUGACCGAAGUAGCUGGAAUUUAUAGACUUUCCCUGUACAGCCGCGGCUUCUGUUGGUACAGGUACUUGGGGAAGCAGACAGAGUCUGGCUGAAUUAUAGACUCCCUUGCCCACAGGAUGUGCGUGGAGCUGUGCCGCUUAGGGACCUAGCACAAGUGCGUUUCCCUAGGACAGCUGCAUCCAGCUUUCAGUCUCCCAGCAGCUAUGAUGGUUGACUUUGGGGGUAAAGGUUUGCCAAGGCACACGUAUGGAGGGGAGCUGAGUGGUCAGGCUAAGCAAUUCAGUGAAGAGUCGUUGUUCAUUAGGCCAUGAUGUUGCAGACCUGGAGACACGAGAUCUGCCAGCAUUUCGCGGUGUUCCCAGAGGCCUGAGUCUCUUCCCUCUCCGCUUUUGUAGGGGAAGGAGCCGUGUUUGCAUUUUGGCUUUUGGUUCUUGCAAAUCCUCCAAGGUGGUUUACAGCUGUUAAAAUCUCGCUGCAGUUAAAACUAGCAAGCAUUUAAAAAGCCAAAAUAAAACAUCCAGAGUAGGAUAUACACUAAAAUCCAGAUGAAAUAAAACCUUCUUAACUGCCCAUCUAAAAGACAAUGUCCUCCACCAUUUGAACUGCCUGUAUAAAGAAGUUGACCCUGAGUUUGCUUAUUUUCUCAUCCCUCCCAAUCCAUUUCCCUUUUGUGAUGUGUCUUGAGUGCAGAGAAAUCUUUGUUUAGUGACUUAUAAGCUGUUCUGGGAGCUUUUUAUAGCCAAAGAAUGGGAUGAAAAUAAAAGCUCUAAAUAAAUAAAUGCACAUAUGUUGUCAGUGGAAUACAGAACAGGGCCUCGGAAGAUGACUACAACUGAUGGGCAAGUUCAUGUGAGGGGAGGCAGGCCUUCAUAUAUCCUGGCCCAAAGCCAUUUAGGGCUUUAUUGAUAAUAACCAGCUCCUUGAAUUGGGUCUGAAAAUGAAUUGAAAGCCGCUGCAAUUUAAACAAGGCCAGUGUAAUAUGGCCAGAAAAGCAGACACCAGACAUUAUUCUGGCUUCAGCAUUUUGCACCAGCUGUGGUUUCUGAAAAGUUUUCAAGGGCAACCUCACAUCUCGAGUGUGUUAGUAAUCACAGCGUAAUUUGUUUCCCUUAGGAGCAGUGUGAGAUCAGCCUGCUUCAUUCUCCCGCUCUUUUGUUUGAUUUUGGGGUGCAGGUGUGCACAGCAUCCCGGGAGCCGGGUCCCAGCACACCUGUCUUCUCCCUGAGCCUGUCUUAAAAAGAAUAAAAAAUCUCUGGCUGCUGUCUGUCAUUAUUCUCAACUGUUCCGCAAUUCAUAUAUUUUUCUGGCCCAGAGUUUACUGGGGCAUUACCUACCGCAAGUAAAACAUGGGCCCAGGUCUUCUCCCACCUGUGUCUGAACCCAGUCACCCCUUUUAUUUCUGUCCCACACUUCUUCUAGCUUCACCUGCUUAGCCAUGGGGAGUGGGGGCUGCUGCUCCUGCUCUGUGAGCUGGGUUUUCCAGCUUCCUUGGUUUGGGUGCCACCAACGCCCUUCCGCGGAGCAGGCAGGAAGACAGCUGCUGGGGAGCUGGGCACCCACUCCAGCUUCCUCCCCUGAAAAGAAUGAGGGAGCCUGGCGAAACGGUUAAUGGGGAAAGUAUGCAAGCAGCAGGAGGCACCUGAUCAAUAACUCCCAAUCUCCCGUGGGCCAUCAAUCCUUCUCCGCAACACGAGCCCACGGCUUCAUCAAUCAGCCAGCGCACCCGCUCCAGGGCUGCCAGAAGGGCUCAGGGGCUGAGAUGCACCACGGCGCUCCGCAGUCAGAGGCAGCGCCUGGCUGUCGUUUCAAAGGUGGUGUGUGGGGGAUCAGGAUGAGCUCCCUGAAAUGGCAUUGGGGUGGGGGUGUCCACCAGUGGCCUGGGCUGCUUUGGGGGAAGGGGCAAGAGGCCGAGGGCCUUGCACUGCUGCUGCUACAGCUCGCCACCCCUCACUGCUUUCCUCUCUCCUCCCUCCAGCUUUCUCCCCACAGACCACACCCUGUGGGGCUACAGGAACCACGCUUUGACUACUACAACUACACCCCGGCUGACUUGGACUUGAGUGACUCUGAGCUGCCGCACGUCAUUGAGAUCUACGACUUCCCAGCGGAGUUUCGCACCGAGGACCUGCUGCGCGUCUUCUGCAUCUACCAGUGAGCCAUUUGUCCCCGUUGUGUUGGACUAGAGGGCCCUUGUGGCUCCUUCCAACUCUGCGAUUCUAUGUCCCAUGUCACACCUUCUCCUUGAGUGUGGAUCACCCCCAGCAGGCAGGGCUGGGGGUGAUGGCUCUCUUCACCCGGAGCUUUCCCUUCCAUGGCCUCCUGACUUCUGUGAGUCCUUAGACCUGGAUCCAGAUGUGCUCCCCAGCUCAGAGAUGCAAAGGCCAGUCUUGUUCCAAAGAUGCCCAGGCAUGCUCUGGCAUCACUACCCACCAGGCAUCCUUCCAACUCCCCCUAUCUAUCCCUGCACCCCCUCCUGAGCUCCUCCCAGGACUGCACACAAUUGCUUUUUUCUUCCUCUGAACACCCCCACAAGAACCCUGAUGUCCCCAUAUUUCUCUUUUCUGCUCUCCAGGAAGAAAGGCUUUGACAUUAAAUGGGUGGAUGACAGACAUGCCCUGGGGAUCUUCUCCAGCCCCAUCACAGGUGAGGCUUGUUUUUCAGCAGGGCUUGACUGGGCAACAGGAAGCGGCUUUCUUGGUACCUGGUGGGGAUGGCCUGCCUAAUGCAUUCACUGGGAAGGGAGUCUACUUCCCCAUAUGAUACCUGCUUCUCUUCUCGCAGCCCGAGAUGCUCUCAGCACCAAGCACCUAAUGGUGAAAACCCGCCCACUGUCCCAGGCCACGCGAGCUGCAAAGACCAAGGCCCGAGCCUUUUCUGGUGAGUCCAGAAGAAAGAGAUUAAAUGCCUGGGGUGCUGAGCAUCUUCCAGCCUGUAGCUCAUAGCUGCACUGUGUAUUCUUACCUUGCAGAGAUUAUCCCAGAUCAUUGUAGGAAGCCAUAGUUGUAGGGCUUCAACAGCCCCACCCACCCACCUGGACCCUCCAUCUCUGCUCCUCUCAGGUGCUGAUGAGCACUGGUUCUUCAGCACAACUGCUUAUGAAACCUGGUCUGCUGGAAGUCUCUCUCUCACACGCACAUUGAGCUUCCCAAAUCCUACAACCACUUUCCAGGGAAACAGCUGCAGUUUAAAACAGUGGAAGUUCUCCUGCUAGCACCGAACAGGGCUUGUUAACUGUAACAGUAGAAUCAAUAAGAAUGGGUUGCCCCCCUUUGGGUUCCUGCUGGCUGCCCUAGUCCCUGAGCACCCUUGCGUCUCAUCGGGGCUGAGAAUAACAAGAAGUCUGGUUGGCUUCCUAGGGCAACGCCAGGCAACACCUAGGGAAUUGAAAAGGUGCAUUAAAAUAAAAAGUAACAAAAUUAAUAUUGAAAGUAGAAUCUGCAACGCGGUUUACAAAAAAAUACAGAAAAUUAAACAAACAUUAAAAUCGUCAAUAGAAGAUAACAUUAGAAGCAGAUAUUUAAAACAAUUCGAAACGUUCUGGUGUCACAUGGCCUGUUUGCAAUGUAGCUUUGUGGGUGUGUGACACACAGGAGAGAAGAGUCAGGCAGGCAACAGUGCAGCCCUGCAUACCCCAUCCAGCCAGUGUUUCCCACACACUCACUGUCGCCCCAUUGCUCCCACGUGUCUCUUGCCCAUGGCAGAUCCCUUUGACAGCUGCUUCCACUCCCGUUUUCCUGACCAUUAGAGGUGCUCUCAGCCUCCUCUGCUAUCCUCCUUUGUAUGCGAUAGAGGGCAGCACCCAGGCUGUGGGUGAUGCUCUUCCCUGCCUUAUCUCUUUUCCUUUAAUAUGUGCUUUUGGAAAAGGACUCAUCUGCCGAUGUAGUGCCUAAAUACUCUCAUCUUCCAGCAAUGGGAGUCCUGACUCUGAGCACUGAGACUGUUCUCCUCCCUCUGCCAAUUCCUCUAGAAUUCCUGCAGCCAGCCAAAGAGCGCCCCGAGACCUCAGCCGCUCUGGCCAGGAGACUGGUGACAGGCGCCCUGGGCGUGCGGAGCAACCAAAGCAAGGCCGAGCGGGAAGCUGAACGCAAGCAGCUGCAAGCAGCCCGAGGUAAGCCUAAGGGUGCGGGGAAAGACGUGAACUGAUGCUGUUGUGUUGUAGAGGCAGGAAGUGUGUUGGUGGCCCAGGCUGCGGGGCUGUGGAGUGCAGGCGAGGGAUGCUGGGGGAUUUCUCGAUGUCUCCGCCUCAGGCCUCCCUGCUCUCACUCACUACCCACGUCCUGGGAGUCUCUGGGGAGUCUGGCUCUCUGCUUCCAGGCAGGGUUGCAAGUAAGCUACACCAACCACGUGCUCGCUCACUCUCCUUGCUGUCACACAGACAGCUCUGCCUGCCUGAGGACCUGAGGGAGUCUGUUAGGCAGCCAAUGUCUAGGUCACAGAAACAUGCAGGGAUACAGGAGAGGGGAUCACCCUUGGUGUCAGGUUGCAUUCUGGGAAAGGGUUCCCUCGUAGCCCUCCCCUCUCCUUCCACUUUCUGCUGCUAAGGCAGAACGGCAUUAAGGGAAGCAUCCUCUGCACAACAAAGGGGGAACCAGGUGGCCUGGCUGGGGAAAGGGGUUGUUUCCCCCUUUCCCCACCACUACCAGCUUUCUCCAGGGCAGCAGGAGACCCAUGGUCAGAUGAGCUGCCACCUCAGCCAUGCUGCUGUCCUGGGCUUAUUGUAUCCAUUAAGGGCCCUGUCUCUUCCCAGUGCGAUGGCAGCUGGCUCUCCGCCUGUGCUUCAGCUGCACCAGCUAGAUAACAGCGGUGGAGCGUGCCCGCCUAGCUGUUUGCCAUACUUGUUUGGAAACUGUAAUGAGAUCAGUGAGGUCCUUUCAGAUUCCCCACAUGUCUGUUAUUUCCUGUUAGGACUGGGAGGGCUCUAUUGGGUAGCAGGAGCUGGCCACUGCAGAGCAUCUUGCAGGAGCCUGAGGAUGCUACGCUCCUGUCCUACAGCUGUCAGUUGCAUCUUCAGCAUCCUUUGUUAAGAAAGGAGUAGUUAGGGAGUACCAUGUCUGUCCAGGUACCAGCUCCCAAUGUCCUAGUCCUCUGGGCUCGAAUAUUUUGACAUCUCCAGUCUUCUGGGGAAUCCACAAAGCUCCCGCUCUCCCCAGUGGUUGCCCAAACUAAAAUUCACACACAUGUUGUACCUAUGGUGUAUGGCCCAUAACACUGAUGGAUAUGUGACUUUUGAUUCGGCCGAGUAUUAGUCCUAGGGGUAGCAGUAGGUGGAACCAAGGAUCCCAGAUUUGGCUCAGAAGUGGAGGAGUUUUAUGGAAGAUACAACUGGAUUGAAUUGGGGCGGGGAGGGUGUGAAAGGGUUAGUUGGUACUGAAAGUCACAGGCAAGGGCUCCCUCUGGGCUGAGUUGAUUCUAUUACGUCAAUAAAGUCUUUUGUAUAUAGUGGAACCUGACAGUAGGCCUAUGGGCCUUGCAGGGCAGGUAGUCCAGAAGAUGUUCAGAUCUGUCUUGUAUUCCAGAUUGGCAGGUUGGGCAAAGGAGCUGGCAGUUCUUUGGUUCCCAUGUUCAUUUUCAGUUUAUCCAGAGCCUCUGGUUUUGUUGCAGGAAUAUAUGCUGUAGGGAGACAAGGACCUUUUAUUUCUUUUGAGAGCCACAUUCUCUUGGGGAUGAUCUGUUGGGGACUGUGUGCCAGCAGUGGAGGCAGCCUAACCCAAAAGUGGGGAGCACCACUUCUCUCUCUCUCUCUUUCUCUCUCUCUUUCUUUCAUUCUCUCCCACUUUUCUCUUUCUGCCACUUUCUUUCCUCCUGGUCCUCCUGCCCCAUCUUGCCAUCUGCUUCAGACACAUGCAUUGCUUGGGCUGCAGGCUGCUCACCCCUGCCCUAAAAUGUGGAAGGAAGAAGAGAUUUCAGGGAAGUGGGAUGAGGCAGGGCCUCUCAUUGAAGCAGGUGGAGGAUGGGGGCAGAGCUGAUGGAUCAUGCCCCCUAGAGACAGUCAAAGAUUGGGCUUGAAGAGGGAAGCUGAAUAGCCUCUGAUCUCAAAGAAGCACACCGUGCAUCCUAGAGAGGUCAAGUUAGGCUUUGCCUUUUUAAAAAAAUCCUGCUGCUCUUUUUGAAACAAAAUGCAGUAUUUUAAGCUUGCAAAGACCCUUCAGGCAGCAGUGAAAAUCAGGAGAAGAGGGUGCAGGUAAUUAACAAUGCAAAUAUUUUAGUCACUGUAGUUAUAUGUCUUUAACAACAAGCUUUUUGCACAUUAAAAAAAGUGUUGAUAGAUGUUUGUCAGUUCAGGUGCUAAAUUUCCCCGUGAUUUUCCUGUUUCUAAUAUAGCCUCUUUCCUCCCUACACCUGCUCCUCUCCAGCCCCCACUCCACCCCCCCCCCAAACCCGGCCCCUUCUUAUGGAGUUUUCUGAGGAAGCGUCUCUCAUACAAUGACUCUAUUACCUUCUGUCAUUCUUUUUGAAACUGGAGUACGAGCAUGGAUUACUCUGGGUCUCUCUGACAUUCCCAGCAUAAUCAGAAGCUGUUAAAAAUUGUUUUUCUCCAUAGCUUUCACUUUAGCAUUUUGAAUAGGAUCUGAAUCCAAUAAUCACUGCAGCAUUUCCACCGCUAUUACCCCUGCCAAUGAUGGCGUGUGCCCUGUGAACACAGCAUUUUGGACUAAUUCCUGCAACAGAUUUCUCAUUGUAUACAUAUGAUGUCCAGGUUACUGUAGCCUCGUUCAGCCCAGGCCUCCCCCUGCUCUCAUAUUUUUACUGUACUGUCCUUGCAGAUGUCCUCUUUGUUACCACAUUAGAGUAGUGAUUCUUAUUCUUUUCUUUUUCUUUUUUGCCCAUUUUUCUGCCAUGGCGCUGCGAGGGACAAAAGCUGGAAGAUUAGUUUAUGGCUUUGGCCAGAUGCUUAUGAGACAGGAGGCACCAGCAGCAGCGCUCCCAUAUACUUGGCCCCGUUCCUCAAUUGCUCUCCCAAAAUGCUAUAUGGUAAAAUGGGGGCAUCAGGUCUGUGAUCCUCAGGUUUGGGCACUAGGUGGUGCUCCAGUCCUGAUUACUGCUCCAGGAUGCGGAACUGGGAGCCAGUGCCAGCUGCAGGAGGCAGUGUAAGUAAUGCAUAGGAAUAGGUGAUUUGUUUUAAUUGAAGCUGCCAACUCUGCAGUCUCCCUGCUCUUCUCCGCUCGCUAGCCUUUCCCUCGGGUCACCAGGCAGGCUUUCUGAUCCUAGCACAGGUGAGACGCAGCCCAUCAGAACAUGGCAUGGCACUGCCGGUAGAGGCUGGUCAAGGGGCAGGCACAGUGCAGCUGAGAUGGGAGGAAGGACACGGCGGCGUGAAGCAAGGUCAGCACAGGGCACACGCUUUCUGAGUGCCAGCAGGGUAGGCAGCCACAGUUUGCUGAGGAAAGUGGUUGUGCUGUGUCAUGGGAGCAGAGCCUGGUACGCUGGGAAGGGCGGGAGGUGAUGGAGGAAGGAGAGCGAGGAAGCGCCAAGGCUUUGGAGAAGCGCCACUCUGUGGAAUCAAAACAUAUACCGUCAUGUGAUAGACAACAAUCCCAUGACUGCAAUCAUGGAGCAGGAAUUCUAACAGGCUGCAGUCCCCUGCACCUUCCAAGUGUGGUGCUUUCCUGUGCUGGCAGAGUGCAUCCCACAUGGCUUCACCUGCCCCUUUUCUCCUCGCAGAGCGGAAGCACUUGGAGAUGAAACAACGAGAAGAUGCCUGGGAAGGACGUGAGUGAGGCCGCACCAUCUCGAGGAGAAAGGGGAGAGAUGCCUUGAGACUUCACCUGAGCAGGACUGGGGCUUGGGCGCAGGCGGGCAGGUUGUGCUCGGCAGCGUCGGGGAAAGUUCUGCCGCUCCCUUUGGGCUAAGGAGCAAGAACAUGGGCACUCCUGAGCGGCGGAAACAUGCUGAAAUGCGCCCCAGCAAGCCUUGCCCUAGGAUGCACCUGAGACCCUGAAACAGUGGAGCUGGAGUUGGCAGUGCCUCUGCAAGAGCUGCCACUGGGCAUCUGGCCCAAAGACUGGGCACUGUUCCACUUGUUGUGCCAUGGAAACAUAACCCUCAAUAUCCAAAGGACGUUGGCUCGGCCCUUCUUGGAUGCGGUGCCUUCCUCCACUGUGGGCAGCAGGAAGACCACUGAGUAGUGUGGUGCCCUUGGGUUCUGUGGGACUGGACUGAGCUGUGGCAGCUUUUACAAUGGGCCCUCUAGGAUGAUCAAGUGCCCGCCAUUGAGUUUCUUAUUAAAGGCUUUUUUAUUUUAAAAAAAUAAUCACAUGGUGCAGUGUGCAAUUACACGCAGCCUCACUCCUUCCAAAUUGCUCUUGAAUUAACCUCUGCAACCUUGUGGAUUCAGCAACAGUCGGUGGUGGCAGCCAAUGAGUUGCCAACACUGCGGCUGGACCAGACCUCCUCCCGGCUCCUCAGGAUGUCCAAAUGCUGACCGGAAGUGAGCAUCAGAUGCACAGAAAACAGCAACUCUUGUAUGUUAGCAGAAUCCUGAUAGAGCUAAGUUCCAGUAAAGAGCUGGUGUUGAGAUGCUCUUUUUCCUUGUGCGUGCUGGGAAGCUGGCAUGUUUACGGGAGGCCUUUGCCACCCAAGCUGUAUGCAAGAUCCCUGGCCCUACCAGGAUAUUGCUGCUGCUGGGAUUCCCCUCCUCAUAGCAGGAAUGCUUUGGCAGAGGCCCCUACAGCAUGUCAUUCCCACCUUGUGAAUAUAGGGCUUGUAAUAGCUGCCGGACCCAGGUCACAGCACAAACAUGCUUGCUCUGGCCAGCUUGCAGGAAAGGUUGGAUUUCGCUUUACAGGCACCGACCCUCUCAGGAAUGCCUCCCCAGGGGCAGCAGACAAAGUCCUCUCUGUUCCAGGUAGCUUGAUUACAAACGCCCGAGCUGCAGGCAGAUUGGCCACUUCCUUGUAAACUGACAUUGACAACACGCCCCUGCUAGGCCGUGCCGGAGAUUCCUGUGGUCAGACUCUCCCACCUGUGUUUGGGGUCAACACCCUGGGAGCAGCUUGGCUCUCUGAGUAGCGGCUGCCGCUGCCUGAUUGCCCCAGAGUUCGAGACCCAAGGACAACAGCACAGAGGGAGCAGGCAAGACUGCAGCCCAAAUGCAGCCCAACGUGUCCCAGACCCAGCAGCGGGUAGAGACUUGGGAUUCAAAGGCCAUAAGAAUGGGAGUGGUGCUCAGGAGGAUUAAAUGGGAGUAGGGAGGCAGAGUCCUCUUGGCUGAUGCUUCAAGGCAGAGAUGGGGGGGGAGCAAAUACAGUGGUACCUUGGGUUACAGAUGCUUCAGGUUACAGAUGCUUCAGGUUACAGAUGCUUCAGGUUACAGACUCUGCCAACCCAGAAAUAGUACCUCGGGUUAAGAACUUUGCUUCAGGAUGAGAACAGAAGUCGCGUGGCGGCAGUGGGAGACCCCAUUAGCUAAAGUGGUACCUCAGGUUAAGAACAGUUUCAGGUUAAGAACGGACCUCCAGAACGAAUUAAGUUCUUAACCCGAGGUACCACUGUAUGGCCCUCCAGAACUCUCUGCUUGGCCCUUGGAACUCUCCGCAGGCCACACCCCACCUCCACUGGCCACGCCCCUCACUGGCCCUGCAUUGCAGCCUCCUUGAGUGUUUUUUUCCUGACCAGCUUGUAUCCUUGCACUGCCUGGAUGGCAAAUGCAGAGAGAUGAGCAAACUGGCACUUGUUGCUCCAGUCCCUUUUGCUUCUGGCCCCACCCACCUUUGGUAUGUGGCCCCCUGAAGGCUGCCAAAGAGGACACGUGGCCCCCAGGCUGCAAAACGUUCCCAGCCCGUUUGAAAGGGUGUCUGUGGCGCCACAUGGCCUGAGAGGGAAAAGGGAGACUGGAGCCGCCUUGUCAGAGCCUGGGGAGACGCCGCAUGGGAAAUAUUGUCUCAGAAGCAUCCAGUCGUGUUUAGCUUUGCCCGGGGUCAGGUCAAGGUAGGCCAAGACAGCUCUCAAGCCUGGAAUGUGCUGGCAGGCCGAGUGUUUACUGGCCAGCCAAGCUCGCAGGCAUCUCCCUGCCUGGAACAGCUCUCUCUUGUGUCUCCUCUUGGGCAGGGUGGAGCCCGGGACUCUGAUGUGGGCAGCGUUCUGGAAGGGGAGGCGGAUGGGUGCUCACUGCUUUUCCUGGCAGUUCCAGUAGUCUCUAACCCCCUAGUGAGGCCUGGCUUGCUCCGGCCUGCCAGCUGCUCCCCGAAAACAAGCCCCGUCUAUUUGGGCCAAUUAAAUACUCUAAAUACUGAUACAGCGCAGCGGCUAAACUGUGUCCCACCCCUGUUUAUAGCUUCUGGCAGCCUGCGGAGGCUGCCGACAUGAAAGGCCAGCAGCCAUGAGCCAUCUGUGCCUUGCGAGCAACUUGAGAGGGAGUUUCCAUCAGCACGAGGGCUGGAAAUGUCUCUGCUCUGGCUACUCUUUCCCUCAGAAAUGCUUGGCUUGUUUCUUUUGUACCUUGAUCAGGAGACUUCAUGCAGUCCUAGGCAUGUUGCUCAGAAGUAAAAGUUCAGUGGGACUUACUCUCUAGUCAGGGCCGCCUUAAUGCCCCAAGGCAGAGCAUUCCUCAUGAAGUUGUGCCUCAAGUCCUGUAUUGGGUGGCUGUUUCUGCACCUCCAUCCUGAUGGACCUUGGUUCAGUCUCUCUUCUCCUCGCUCCUUCUCGUUGCCUUUGUGUUAGAUAGACAGAAUUUGUGCCACACACGCAGCUGACCAUUGUUUUGAAGGCCUUCAGAAUAAAGUGUAGGGACCAUCUGUGUGUGUGUGUGUGUGUGUGUGUGUGUGUGUGUGUGUACACAGUGCUUUUUUCUAAAAAAGAAUGUUUGGGGUACUCUCAUUUUGACUCAAGAAAAUCACCAUUUUAUAGUUCAGAUUGGGAGAAAUAAAUACAGUAAAUGGACAUAAGUACAGAGAUUCACAAAAUGUUUAGGGGUAUGCAUACCCUUGCGUCACCCCAGAAAAAAGCACUGUGUGUAUGUACACCCCAAAAAAAAGUACAUACAUACAUACAUGCAUACAUGUAGUUAGUUAGUAUACCGCCCUACACCUGUAGAACUCAGGGUGGUUCACAACAUAGUAAAAAUAACAACAAACCAAUAAUUCUCCCCACCCAACAGAUUUGAAAGGGCAUCGGAUAUCAAUCAGCCAAAGGCCUGGUUGAAGAGGAACAUAUUUGCCUGGCAGCUACAGGUGUAUAAUGAAGGCACCAUCCAAAUCUUCUUGGGGAGACCAUUCCACAAAAGGGGAGCCACUGCAGAAAAGGCCCUUUCUCAUGUUGCCACCCUCUGGAUCUCUCAUGGAGGAGGCACACGAAGAAAGACCUCGGAGAAUGGUAUCAGGAUCCGGGUAUGGUCAAAUGUAGAGAGGCUGUCCUUGCGUUUCCCUGGUCUUCUGGACUUGAGCCCAAAAGGCUACAGCACUGGAGAGUUCACUGUCUUCUCUGCUGUCCAUUGCUCCAGAUGGUUAGUCCAGCCUCCAUGAAAAGUUUUGUGUUGGGGUGGCUAACCUUACUCAGCCUCAGGUCCACAAGCAUGGCAAACAUGGGCACACCCCCCCCACACAUGUGCAAGCAGGUAAGGCAGCAGAGGAGGGGCAUUAUUAUUUUGUUAUGUAUUAAAAUUAAAAUUGUAUACUGCCUUUCAUUCGAAGAUCACAGGGCAGUUCACAUCAUAAAAAUACAAAUGCCCUUGCCUUGCGUCCUCUGGGUCUGGCUAAACAACCUUUUCCCAAAGCCCAGCUUUGGCAUCUAAUUCUUGUGAAAUGCCCUUCCCUCUUUGAGAAGCUCAGAAACUCAGUCCUAUAGCUGUGGCAGCAGCUGCUUUAUUCCUCUUCAGCGCUGAUAGUUGGCAACCGUGUUUUGAGUCUAUAUCACACCUCGGGGAGAGGGGAAAGAAGUGCAUUAGCACACAAUGACCCAUAUUGUACAGAAGGAUAAUACGUGGGUUAUUUUUGUUUUAAGGCCACCAUCCUCUUGUAAAAUGUGCACUCUGCAAGAGGACAGCAUAGCACAUUACCAGACAAGCCUUGGUAGCAGCAAACAACUGUAGGGUAGGACUUGUUGGUAAUGACAAGCGCUUGGAAGAUCGUGGUCAGGCAAACUCUGGUUAUGGCAAUAUAGAUGGUUUUCACUUAAAGAAUUUAAAAAAAACAGCUCCCUGUGCAAUGAGCCUGAAAACAUCAACGUAUAUUGUGACCAUGGAUGCGUAUCACUGGGAAUUCAAGUUCAUGGUAGAGGCUGUCUUCUACAGGAAGGAAUGUUUUGCCUGAACUCUGAACCCAGGUCCACUGGGACUGAGUCCAAGACUUUGAAGACCGAUUUAAUAUCCAGGGAAGCAGCUGAAGUAGCCCCAGAAGCCAGAGACCAGGUCUCAAUGUGUAUCUCCUGGCUUCCCAACAUCAGAAAUUGCCCGGAGCCUGCACUGAGUGGGUCUCAACUUGAAAGAGAAUUUUAAGAGAGCAGAACUGAAGCAUCAAGCCAGUUUAAUGUUUAUCUUUCACAUGCCCUCUGAAUUGGCUGCCUUACACUGCCAAGCUAUAUAGGAUGCUGGAGAACUAUGCUUUAAAUUAAAAAAAAAAGUAUUAUUACUAAUUAGCAACCCCAUAUGGUUGCUUCAGAGAUGUGGGAAGUGGCAGUCUGGGAGAGUGCUUUUAAUUCCUUCUGCCCUUGUUUUACCAAUCUAAUUUCCCCAGCCUCCCAAACUCGCUACUGUCUCUGCAACAUUACAAAGGAAAGGAUGACAAGUACAGCUUCAGUACCUGUCAUUCCCCCUCCCCAACACACACACACACAGCUUAUAGUAGCUUCAAUGUCUGAUUUGAAUUGGAUCUCCCAAAGUACACCUUUCUUGAUCUUCGAAGCAGCCUUUCAAGGUUGUGAAUUAGUGUAUAAGACAAAAAUGAAGAUGCUGAGGUGCCUCAGGUCCAGGGCCUGCCAAACGCAGCCCUCUAGGCCUCUCUCCUUGGCCCUUGCACUCUCUUCAGCCCACACACCCCACCAGCCCUGCUCUGCACCCUCUCUGAGUGCUUUUGCCAGGCUGGAAUGUGCCGCUGAACCGUGAGCCCCUCUUGCUUGCUUGGGUGACAGCAAAGAGGUGCUUGCUUGUGGCUGGAAUGUAGCCUACACCACAAAGUGUGUGUCCUGUCUGUGGCUACACCUGCUUUUGUCUCCAGCCCUGUCCACCAUCGAAACGUAUCGCCAAGAAAGUUGCCUAUGAGGAGAUAGGGCCCUGAGAAUGAAGAAGGUUCCCUUGCCCUUCUUUUGAGAGAACAGAUGACUGAGCUUGGAGGAGCAGAAAUCUCAGGUAGGGAUGUCCUGGGACAGAAGAGCAGAGAGAUCACGGGCACAAGGCCAUGGAGAGCAGGAGAUGAAACUGGGCAGGACGCAAGUGCACCCAGGGAAGGAAGGCAACAACACUCGCUUUGUAUUGGGCUCCAAAGGAAACCAGUGAAUAUUGGACACCAGUAAUACUCAGGAAGGGGAGGGAGGAACAUGAAGGUGUCCCACAUCCUUUUAAUCCCAACAUUGAAGUGAAUGGACCACAGGCUAAAUCGAGUCUGGUCUAUUUUGAAAUGAAAGCUUCCCACUUCCCUUUUCUCUCUCACUUGAAGUGCUGUGUGGAAGGUGAGCUGGCUAAUCUUAGUAUAGCGUAAAAAGAGGGUGGUAAACAGGUGGAAAUGGUUUAAUGCAAGAUCAGAGAGGAGGUUGUAGUCAAAGCAAGAGCAUGAGAGCUAUUGGGAACGGAGGAACCGGGCAGAUCUUCAAAGCAAUGUUGUGGCACUGAAAGUUCAGGAAGCAACUAAAAACAAGGAACCCCACCCAAGCAAGGAGGGUGCCAGUGGGUGUAGGAUGCCAAAGGAAGUGUAAUUCAUAAGAAUGUGCAAACUUUGGAAGUGGAAGAAAUGGAGGAGAGGCAGGCGGCCAAAUCUGAAAAGGGAGCAAGAAGGGGCAAAAAAACACUCUUCACAAAAACACCUUGGGAACUGAAAAUGAUGCUAAAUUCCACACAAGGGCUUUAUUACAUCAUAAAGUCUUCCUGUUUUGAACACUCCUCCUUGCUCUCUCUGUCCCACCCAGGCUCCAGGAGUGAUUACCUUCUGCUGCCUCACCCUCCUGGGGCUUCAUACUAUGAACAGGCUCUCUUCAGAACCCAUUUAAUACUCUCUGCCUUUAGCCAGACCUGAACAAGGCUGCACAAGGUGUCCCUGGUUGCUGUUGGCUCUUCUGGUCAAGCCACAGAGCAGGACGUCCAGAUCUGUCAAAGCAUGGAGCCCUUCCAGAUUAUCCUAACAUCUGUUGGACAAAAGGGGCACAGAAGAUUUUUAAAUUCCCCUGGAGUUUAACCCCAAAUGUUGGCUCACACUUUGGAUGCUGGCUAGAAGGCGUAGUGAGACAUCCUCUACAGAGGAAUGUAGCAGGUGCUGCUUAAUUUGGAGGGUGCAUCUCUUCGGCUUGGCCCUUUAUAUGCCUUUGCUUUUUCCGUAAUUUCCUGUCUAGCCAAAUGCUUCAGGAGUGCCUUGGUCAAGCUGACCUCUGCUCGCUUUCCCCCUUCUGCUCUGCUUUGGAGGUGGAACAGAGGCAUAUAUUUGUGGAGUGGUUCUGUGCCCUCCACCCUUCCUCUCCCUUAGGUCAAGAUGCACCCUGA